ACGGAUGCGGAAACGGAAGACCAGCUGAUUUGCUGGAAGAGAACCGUCGAGUUAUUAAUGCUAAUAAAACCGUGUUUUGUAGUCUAUACUUGACCACUCUGCGGGUUUUAAAGCAGCCUCUUCGUAUACUUUAUGAACGGAAGUAUCGACGGAUACAAGUUACUUGCUUAGACGUUAGUUACUUGUAACCCUGCUUGACUUUUAUGUAAACAAACUUAACCUGACUGAUAGCAUGUACUGUUAUGUCUCGAGAGUCCUACUAUAGCUGCUUCAGUUACGCUGAACUGCUACUUGGGAGUCACGGGCUGUGUGAUGGGAAUACAAGCCAAGUCUCACCUCCUUCAUGACUCAUGAAUCCCGCAAUUCAAGAAAUGGAUCCGGUUCAAAGCAACACCGCCACCUUCUACGAGGCAGUACCUGCUGUCGGACCCGAUGGAACUGACAUCAUGAAACUGAUUCCUGUACAAAUCGUCAACAGACAGUUUUUCCAAUAUCCAUCAAGCCAACACGAAACACACCCUACACCACAGAGAGCUGAAGCCGUGAACAUUUCCUCAGCACCUGUCAAGAUGUUUAAAGCAAAUCCGGAACUUUGUAACUCAGUGAAAAAGUAUCUAUCGCAGAAACAGAAAACAAAGUUAAGGACCAUAGCUCCAAGUGCAACACCUGCAGUUAACAUUGGGAAGUCCGGAAGAGUUACGAUUCAGCUCCCAGUCACAGGGAAAUCUCCAGAACUCCCUAGAGGACAGCCCUCUAACACACAAGUCCAAACAGUCCUAACAGUCCUAGCACCUGAACUACCUGAGAAACCGAUUCUUACUUCAUCAGCCAACGCCUCUCUGAGUUCAGGCCAACCCGGUGUGGUCAACGUGUUACCUAUAAAAAGUGACAGUCAAGGCGUUACUCCACAGAUUGACUCUGCACUCGACACGCUCAAGCUUCUUUGCAACAUGGCAAAUAAAACGUCAUGUGGACCUCUAUUAAAAGGAUCACCACAUUUAACAUUGAUUCCAAAGGGUUCACGAAAGCCCAACAGCCCCAUGAAGUGGGUAGUUGAUGAAGAGGACAGCGCAUUACUUCCAACUCCUGAUCCGGUUAAUUCUGUAACUUCAAAGAUUCUUCGAGUUGUUGCUGAGAGAGAAAACGCUGAAAAACUCUGCGACGUCAUUACCAAACCCAGUCAUACUGUUGAACCCAUUGCUUCUUCUGUUGCGUCAGAGAUUAUUGGAGUUGCAGCAGAGAGAGAAAACGCUGAAAAGCUCUGUGAUGUCAUUACCAAACCAGGUCCGAUCCCUGAGCCUGUUCCAUCUUUUGUUGCAUCAGAGAUUCUUCGAGUUGCUGCAGAGAGAGAAAAGGCCAGCAAGCAAUGUGAUGUUGUCACAAUGUCAGUUUCUCGGUGUAGUCCGGGCACAAGCGUAGACGGAAUGAAACACAUGUUGGUAAUCAAGAACAGAAAGGAUCCAGCACAGCAACAGAAUUCGAAAUUUAUUUCCAUACUUCCUAAGAUCGCAGGUCUUCCAAGAAACGGUGAGGAAGUAGGGGGAAUUCCGAAAUGUCCAGGACUAGGAACUACCGUGAGAAAGAGUGAGAAGUUAGGAAAACCUCCUAGUCAGCACCAAGUAACAGUGAAAUAUCCACUACCCAGAGGACAUCGCCUUCAGAGUCCCCCUGAUACACAAGUCGGACCAGUCCUAGCAUCUGUAGUAUCACCGGCUGUCAAAAAACAUGUUCUUACUUCAUCAGCCAACUCUCGUCUAAGUCCAGGAUUCCACAAUGUUGUCAAUUUGUCCCCUACUACGAGUGUCAACCAAGGAGGUAAUCCACAAAGUGAUUCUACACUUGGAAUACGCAAGUUUCUUAGAAAAACGUCACCUGGACCUCCAUCAAAGCAUCAAAGCAUCAAAAGCACACUUAAGAUUGAUUCAAAAGGAUUCAGAAAGGCCCAACAGCCCCAUGAAGUGGGUGGUUGAUGAUGAGGACGGCCCAACAGCUCCAUUGCUGGAUCCCAUUGAUUCUUGCACUGCUUCAGAGAUUUUUCGAGUUGUUGCGGCAAGAGAAAACCUCGGGAAGCACUGUGAUAUCAUUCCAAACCCAGAAGCUGGGUCAAGUCAGGGCAAAAAUGAACAAGGACAGGAAACCUUAAUCGUUUGCGAUGGUAAGGUGUUUUUACUGGCAAGAAAUCACAGCCUACAAUUUGAAAACAGGAAAA